AUUUGUUUCAACGGGCGACCAGUUUUCGAAAGCCAUUACUCUCGUCGCUUGCUCUCUCCGCAGUUUCUACCUUUUUCCUUCGCUCAAUUCCCGCCACUUUUCUGCUAAUAACAGAGGUGAUUCUAGAAGGCUAUAUGGCUGAGGAGAAAUCAGAGCAGCAUUGUUCGGAGAAUAAGCAAACUAAUGCUAAUUCCAGCUCUUCUGUAUCAGAAGGCAGUGGCAGUGCUAUGCCCAAGUCAUCAACGGAACGUAAAUCAGCAUUGCCAUCUAAUCGGAGAACCACUGGCCCUGUUAGGCGUGCAAGGGGUGGUUGGACGGAAGAGGAUGAUGACACAUUAACGAAUGCUGUUCAAGUUUUUAAUGGCAAGAAUUGGAAGAAAAUAGCUGAGUUUUUACCGGGUAAAUCAGAAGUUCAAUGUCUGCACAGAUGGCAAAAAGUUCUUCAUCCAGAACUCGUUAAAGGACCUUGGACUCAGGAGGAGGAUGAUAAAAUAAUUGAAAUGGUGUCUACACAUGGACCUAAAAAAUGGUCUUUGAUAUCUAAGUCUUUGCCUGGUCGAAUAGGAAAACAGUGCCGAGAACGAUGGUGCAAUCAUCUUAAUCCUGACAUAAAGAAGGAUCCCUGGACUCAGGAGGAGGAAUUAGCCCUUAUGGAUGCUCAUCGUAUACAUGGCAACAAAUGGGCUGAAAUAGCUAAGGUUCUUCAUGGAAGGACUGAUAAUUCAAUAAAGAACCAUUGGAAUAGUUCUUUGAAGAAAAAGAUGAAUUUCUAUUUGGCUACGGGAAGACUUCCCCCCAUUGUAUCAUCAUCCAAAACUACAGACAUUAAUCUGGGUAACAGUGAUAAGAAUCAACUAGAGUCCUCAGAAACAGUUAGAGAGUUCGGUGAUUCUUCAAAUGUUCCUGCAAAAGGGUCUGCUGAUUCUGACUGCAUAGAAUGCAAUAGAUCAUCCAACAAAGGUUUCAGCUGUAGUAACUUAGAACCAGUGUUUGGAGAUUAUUUUAGAAUAAACAGUGAGCCAAAAUUUGAGAAUCCUGGACUCAAUGACAACCCAAGAGUUGAUCAUUGCAUGAGUAAUGGUGAAAAGAAGAGUUGCAGUUUAACCAGAAAUUUUUAUUCAAAGGAAAGUCAAACCCUUGGUUCUUUUUGUUAUGAACCAACACUUCCUUUAGAUUCUUAUUAUUCUAAUAUCUCUGGCCUGCAGCAAAAUGAGUUAUUUGCUUCGCCAAUGAUGUCAUCUGUUGGUUACUUAACUCCACCUCCGGUGAAGGGAAGUGAAUUAUGCUCAGAAUCUCCUGAAUCAAUAUUGAAAAAGGCAGCUAAAACUUUCCCCACUCCUUCCAUCUUGAGAAAGAGGAGUGUAGUCAAAAGACCUGUCACUCCUAGUGCGGUUGCAAAAGGAGUUAAUGAUUCACAUGCUUAUAAUGAACAAGAGAGAACAAAUGAUAUUACUGGUUCUGAAGUUGUGCGGUUACCUGUGAGUCCAGUAAACAAUUGCUAUGGGAGUAACAUUCCCCAUAAUAAGGCAUUCAACACAACUUCUCCAUACCGAUCAAGAUCCAGGCAAACAGCUAUUAAGUGUUUGGAGAAACAACUUGAUUUUGCAUUUGAAAAAGAGAAGCAUGCUCGUAAGAUGAAAAAAUGUGAUGACUGAAGGUUGUCUUCAUAAAAUUAAAUUGGCAGAGACAUAGUUCGUAAGUUGGACCACCAUUGGUCUUCCCCUUGAAGCUGACUAAAUUUUUCUCAUAAGUGGUUGACCACAGUUAGCCAAUUUUGCAAGUAAUUAUACUCCAUGGAUGGUGACAAGCAGAAGCUGUUGGAUACGUGUAGAUUAAGAGUUUUUGAUAGAUUCCAUUUAAUUGUUGAUAUGUAGUUUUAUAUAUUUUUAUACUGCGCACACAAGUUUUGCACAAAUUUAUACUCCUAGAAUAACAAAUAUUUGGAAAGUUAUUGGAAAGUUUCAUAACAAAUUUUCAUUUA